GGGGCUCGGACCGCAAGGAGGAGUCGUCCCGCCGAAAGUCUGUUCGAGACCUGGAGGCCGAGUAUCACGACUCCGACGAGGAGCUGCCCGAAGACGCCAGCCUGUGGAAUGUCCCCAUCUCCCCGCGCCCCUUGCACGACCGCGCCUCCUGCUCCAGGAGUCCCGCACCUCUCUGCCUCAGCCUCGACCUCGGUCUCUCCCAGCGUGUCCCGUUCCAACCGCCGCCUCCUCCGAUCCAGCUCGGCGGGACCCGAGCGCGGCCAGAUCUCCCCGCGCAACCCGCGGGUCUACUCGUACAAUGUCAUGAUGUCCGACCUCUCCGAGGAGGCCAAGAUCAUCACCGAGGCCCUCGAGCACCACGCCGACGAGAAGCGCCGCCGCAGCGACGGCAGCAACGGCGACCUGGCCACACGCGUCUCCAAGUCCCUCAUCGAGUUGCCCCCGCUGCAAAAAUCAAACAUCAUGAUCGACCCGCUGCCAAUCAGCAAGGAGAAGGAGAAGGUCCUCACCCGCACCCGGCCCAGCUGGCUGCCCCCGAAGGACCAGAAGGAAGAGAAGCGCCACCUCAAGGAGUACAAGCGCAUGAUGGCUCUAUCUCGGGAGGCUGAAAAACGCAAAGCAACCAAAGCCGCCUCCGCGCAGUGCGACAAAGACAACACCCGCGAAACACUGCAGAGCAUCUGGGACGAGCACGUCUACCCACACUGGAACCAGGCCAUCGCCGAGCCACGCACCCGCGAGCUAUGGUGGCGAGGCGUCCCCGCUCGCUCGCGCGGCACCGCCUGGCAGCGUGCCCUGGGCAACGAGCUGGCUCUGACACACGAAACCUUCCACAAGGCCCUGCAGCGGGCCAAGGACGUGCGGGCCAAGGCGGCGGCCACCCCGGACGAGACAAACGAGAGCGCCAGGCGCAUGCUGGUCUGGUUCGACGCCAUCGACGCCGACGCCUCGUCCGCGUUUCCCGACCUCAACCUCUUCCAGGAGGGCGGGCCCCUGCGCGAGUCCCUGGUAGAUGUCCUCCAGGCGUACUGCAUGUAUCGUAGCGACGUGGGCUACAUCCAUGGUCUCCAUACUACCGCCGCCCUGUUAGUGCUACAACUCCCUUCGCCGGCCUCGGCAUUCAUCACCCUCGCCAACGCGCUGAAUCGCGCCCUGCCCCUCGCCUUUCUCACGCUCGACCGCGGCGCCAUCGGACGGACGUACUCCCUCGCCUCGGCCACGCUGCGGUACAAAUUCCCCCGUCUAGCCGCCCACCUGUACGACACCCUCCGCCUGACAGACGAGGAGAUCUGGGAGCCCAUGUUCCGCUCCCUGCUCACCAACGGCCUGGACCUGGACCGUCUCGUCCGCGUCUGGGACUGCUGGGUUUUCGAGGGCGAUCGUAUUCUCAUCCGCGCCGCGGUCGCCAUCCUCGGCUGUCUCCAGACCCAGUUAUUCACUUUUACUUCGGGCGCGGAUGAAAAUUCAAGACCCUCCAAUUCCCGCUCCGCUGUCCGCAAUAUCCUCGCAUGGGGUCCUCGCGAUGCUGGCGCCGUGCGCCCCGCCAGAGACCGCCACAGCGCCCCCGUCGGCGGCGGGUUCGGCGGCGGUCACCUCCCUCACGCCGCCGGUGUGGGCGAUUACUGGAUCUUCCCCGGCUCGGGCGAUCAGGAUGCCUUCAUGCAAGACGUCCGCGAUGCCGGCAAAGUACAAACAUAAACCAUCGUCAUUCAUCAUCAUCAUCUCCCUCGUUUUCUUUUUUCUUUCUUUUUCCUUUUCUUUUUUCUCUCUCUCUCUCUUUCAACAUUCUUAUACACAGUUCUCUUCACGGCUCCCUUGACGCGGGGGUUUAUAUAUAUAUAUAG